AUGUCUAAAGGGACGGAAGGACGGAGCUUCGAUGUUUUAAAGAAGGCGACUCCUGACGGAAAGUUGUCACUCUUUUUGGAUCGAAGAACUUUCGUUGAUCAUUUCGACCAUGUUGACCCCAUCGAUGGAAUACUUACUAUGACACAAGAUGUAAAGAAUACCGAAUAUGUUUUUUUAAUCUUUACAUGUUCAUAUCGUUUUGGUCGUGAUGAUUUAGAUGUAUUAGGAUUAACAUUUCAAAAAGAAUUAUUAAUUUAUACAAAAUGUUUAUGGCCAAAUCAUCCAUUUGAUGAUAAUAAUAAUACUAAAGGUAAUAAUAAAUGGAAUAAUACAUGGAAAAAAAUAAAACGUUUAUCAAAACGUAAAAUUGAUUCAAAUGAACAAAUUUCAUGUACAAUAUUAAAUGAUAAUGAUCCAUAUGGAAUAUUUUGUGAAACAUUAAAAGAGAAUAAUUUAUCACCAUUUCAAGUAAAACUGAUAAAUAAACAUGGUGAUUUGGCAUUUCCAUUUCGUAUAAUUAUACCUACAUCAUCACCGUCAUCAGUUGCGAUUCAACCAAAUGAAGAUGAUUCUCGAAAAUUAUACGGUGUCAGUUACGCACUGACUGCAUUCGCUGGUCAGAAAAUUCAUAGCAGUCAACCGAUUAGUUCCACUGUAACAAUUGUUCUAAGAAGAUAUAUUGCUGGACCUAAACUGAUCAAUCGUCCCUUAUAUCCAGUAGCUGAAUCAACUAGAAAAACAAUCAAUUUCUUAUGUUAUUCAGGAGAAGUUCUUCUUACAGCGUCUGUUGAAAAACCAUUAUAUUAUCAUGAUGAAUCAGUCAAUGUAUCAAUUGUAUUGGAUAAUUUUUCUAAUUUAUCAGUUAGAAAAUUACAAAUAGCAAUUGUUCAAGUUACUGAAAUGUACUUGCUGGCAAAAGGAACAUAUCGGUCUACAAUAAAUGAACAUUUAUGCAGAGAGAAUCUUCCUCAAGCUGGUGAGCAACAAUGGAAGUAUACAAUAUCAUUAGAUACUAGUUUUACUGAUGCCUUAGCAAAACAGGGUGUUGCUUUAGAAGGUUAUAUUAAACAAGAGAAAAAUUGGUUGGCUUCAUCAACAAUAUUGAAAUUAUCUUCAGAUUUAGGUGAAUGUCUAGAAACAAUGCAAAAUAUUUAUAAAAACACUGAAGAAUCUACGGAAACGGCAAUCAAAGCGAAUAAAGAAUUACAUGGAGUUGUUAUAUCAUACUUUGUUCGUGUUAGAUGUUGGGUAGGGAUCAGUCGAUUUUCUGUCCACGUACCAUUUUUAUUGAUGCAACCAGAAAAAGAACCUAGCACUAUAAAUGAUAAUGAUAUACGUUUAACUACUCAUACUGUUCAAGCUGAUGUAGUAGAAAAUCAGCCGAUGGAAGACAAAUCAGAAAAGAAACAAAUUGAAAUACCUCAUGAAGAUCAAGAUUAA